AUACAGCAUCUUCAGUGCUUCCCUCAGAGGGAGGCAGAGACACCUUGAAGGGCUGAGUAUAAGGACAUCUACCGAGUGUCUUUUUAAAUAGACACCAGCGGUGGGGGGGGGGGGAGGGGAAAAGGAACAGGCUUGUAACCAUAACUCAGUUGGACUUGUAUCCAGGAAGGCAGAUGCCAUGGAUUGGCUCCCUCACCGAACGGCUGCUUUUCUGUUCCUUUUAUUGGUACUCUUGGAUUUCAGCACAGGAUUUCAUGUAGAGGUAAAAGAAUGGGAUGAAAAUGGAAUGGCAAGAUGGAAAACCUUCAGAAGACAAAAACGUGAAUGGAUCAAAUUUGCUGCAGCUUGUAGAGAAGGAGAAGAUAAUUCUAAGAGGAAUCCAAUUGCCAAAAUCCGAUCAGAUUGUGAAGAAAAUCAUCCAAUCACAUACAGCAUCUCUGGAGUUGGAAUUGAUCGUGCCCCCUAUGGAAUAUUUGUUGUUAACCCAAGAACAGGAGAAAUUAAUAUAACAUCAAUAGUGGAUAGGGAAGUAACCCCAGUAUUUGUUAUACGUUGCUUUGCUAAACACUCAGUGACGGGUGUAGAUUUGGAACCACCUCUUGAACUUCGAGUCAGAGUUCUGGAUAUAAAUGAUAACCCUCCUGUAUUUGCACAAACUGUAUUUACAGGAUCUAUUGAAGAAAACAGUAUGGACAACACACUGGUGAUGAAAAUAAUUGCAUCAGAUGCAGAUGAACCCAAUCACUUGAAUUCUAAAAUUGCCUUCAAGAUAGAGAGUCAGGAACCUUCAGGUCCACCCAUGUUCAUUAUGAAUAAAUAUACUGGAGAACUCCAUCUUGCAAAUUAUCUUGACAGAGAGCAACAUAGUAGCUACACUCUUGUUGUGAAGGCGUCAGACCGGGAUGGAGCUGCAGAUGGAAUAUCAUCCCUUUGUAGCUGUAACGUUAAAGUUAUUGAUGUCAAUGACAACUUCCCGACUCUUGCUCAAAGUUCUUUUUCAGCAAGUAUUUCAGAAAAUUCACUCAGUUCAGAACUGCUACGGAUACAAGCUCUGGAUGCUGACGAAGAGUUUACAGACAAUUGGUUAGCAGAGUUUUUCUUUAUAUCCGGUAACGAAGAUAACUGGUUUGAAAUUGUUACAGAUCGAGCUACAAAUCAAGGAAUCCUUAGAGUAAUUAAGGAACUGAAUUAUGAACAUCUUCAAAGUCACUCACUGAUAAUUGGUGUCAGGAAUGUAGCUGCCUUCCACCACUCCGUUGCGCAAGACUUCCAAAUGUCUGGAACACCCCUCACAAUAGAAGUAAAGAAUGUGGUUGAACCACCAAGAUUUCAUCCAUCUUCGGUUGUGUUUUCUGUACCAGAACGCACAAGAGCAAAUUAUGUUGUGGGAACAUACACAGCCAUCGAUGAGGACACUGGAGCUAUUGCAUCAAAUGUUGUAUAUAGUAUAGGACGUGAUCCAGGUGCCUGGUUCAGAAUCAAUCAAAACACUGGUGAAAUUACACUGAACAAAGCUAUUGACUGGGAAUCAAUCUAUGUAGCCAAUGGGCAGUACAGAGCAGAGGUUCUGGCUAUCACCAGAGGGGGUCCUCGAUAUACUGCUACUGGCACCAUUGUGCUUUCAAUACAAGACAUCAAUGACAAUUGCCCAACUAUUAAUACUGAAUUAAGGAAAGUAUGUAUGCAUUCCCCAUCAGUGAUUAUCACAGCAAAGGGUAUGGAUGGUGGUCUAUAUGGUUCUCCAUUUACAUUCAGCAUACAUGGUGAACCUCAAACUACAUGGAUUAUCAGAUCAAUAAAUGCUUCCUCUGCAGAACUAAUGAGUCAGAACUUGGACUUUUACGUUUAUAGGAUCUAUAUCAGCGUAAGAGAUAACCAAGGCCGACGCUGCCCUAAACCACAUAUAAUUCCUGUGCAAGCUUGUCAGUGUGAUAGUCGUAAUUACUGCACCAGUGGGGCCACAAAAAUAAUUGUCAUUGGUGGUGGUGGUGGUGGCGGCGGCAGCAGUAGUGGUGGUGCUGGUGGUGGUGGUGCUGCUGGUGGUGGUGGUGCUGGUGGUGGAAGAGGCCCAGAAGGUGGAGGAGGAACAGAACAAGAAGGUGGUGGUAAUGGCGAGUUUGGACCUGGAGGAAGAGAAAUUGAGGACCACACAGACUGGCAGGUUUACACUGAUGGAUACAGUGACGGUAAUGAAGUAUAUACUGCAGCCACUGAUGAUAGUUAUAAUGGAAAUGGAAAUUACGGCAGAAAUAUCCUGUCUUCUACCACACUUAGUGGUGCUGCCAUUGGCCUGAUGUUUCUUGGUGGAUUAAUAUUUGUUCUGAUUCCAAUUUUGAUGUCAAUGAGUGACUGUUGUGGCUGUGGACCUGGCGCUGCAGGUGGAGUUGGAACUGGAUUUGAACCUGUACCUGAAUGCACAGAAGGAGCAAUUCAUCCAUGGGGAAUAGAAGGUGCACAGCCUGAAGACAGGGAUGUCUCACACAUUCUUGCCCCAACAACAGCUGCAGGAGGUGAUUUUGGUGAACCGUCUGACAUAUAUACAAACACAUAUGGAGGAGGAGGAGUAGUAGCUUCUGGUGUUGAAGAAACUACAGGGGUUGGCUAUGGCACCGGUACUGGUUAUGGAACAGCUGGAGGCAUUUCUGGAACAGGGGAAGCAAAAGGGUCAAUUGGAGGAACAAUAAAAGAGUAUCGAGAAGGAGGGGUCAACAUGGCCUUCCUAGACAACUACUUCUCUGAGAAAGCAUUUGUGUAUGCAGAUGAAGAUGAAGGUCGGCCGGCAAAUGACUGCCUAUUAAUAUAUGAUCAUGAAGGAGUCGGUACUCCUGUUGGCUCUGUGGGUUGCUGCAGCUUUAUUGGAGAAGAUAUAGACGAAACGUAUUUGGAUACAUUAGGACCAAAAUUUAAAACCCUGGCAGAGAUCUGUCUGGGCAAAGAGAUCGAACCCUUCCCUGAUGUCAACCCGCCCUGGCCAUCCGUUAACGUCACCUUUCCCAACCCUGAAAGUGACCUAAACCUCCCGCCACCUGGAAACACCAUCAUUGUCAACGGAAGUGCACCUAUGCCUCCCCCGGUUGGCACUACAACGGUUGUUACUGAAAACACCUACACAUCUGGAUCAACCAUACAGCCCCCGAGGCCAAUGCCGGAUCCUUUGCUCCACGGCAACAUGACGGUGACUGAGACCUACACCUCCGGCUCCCCCUCUCUUUGCGUUGACCCUCUGCGUGCAUCCAACGUUGUUGUAACAGAAAGGGUUGUCGGUCCUGCCUCUGCCUCUGAUUUGCGUGGCAUGCUAGAUAUCCCCGAUCUCACAGAUGGGUCCAACGUUAUCGUUACAGAAAGAGUAAUCGCGCCUAACUCCCGGCUCCCAACCUCUCUGAGCAUUCCCGAUUUGGUAGACGGGUCGAAUGUGGUGGUGACAGAAAGGGUGUUCAGGCCUGCCUCCGGCAUGCCAGGCAGCUUAAUAAAUAUUCCCUCAGAGUUAUCGAACGCCCACAACGUGGUGGUGACCGAGAGGGUAGUGUCAGGGUCUGGGAUGAGCAGCCUGGGGGGGACAAGCCUGGGGGGGGCAAAUCUGGGGGGCCUGAGCAGCACAGGUCAGAUGCUCAGUGCCGACUGUCACCUUGGCCAGGCGAUGGGCACAGCAUCCCCCAGCACCUCCCGGAGAAGAGUGACAAAGUACAGCACCGUGCAGUACUCCAGUCAGUAAGGCCUCUGCCGCCGCCCCUUCCCGCUGAAUUCGCCAUUUGCACCGACACUCAUUAGCUGCCACCCACCAAGAAUAUUGUUAUUAUUUAUAACUAGGAAAUAGCACUAAAAUUUCAGGGAUUCCUGCCUGUGUGAGGAUCUCCGAAGGGUGCCCCGUUUCAAGGUCAAACACAGGACUUUGUCAGUGAAGGGAAAGUUGAGGUUAGCUUUAAAUUUAUUUCUUUCUCUCCACCUAGCACUACAAGCGUACAAACAGGUACUAAUGUUUUUGGAGAGAGAUCCGAUUACCGAGCGGAGCAGUGAGAGGGGUUCCUUGUGUGCAUACAGUAUCAGCAUGAAUUAAUGUCAUAUAAAAGAGUGAUAAAAUACUGUACUGCUGAGUGAUCUCCCACAGUAAGCAGAUUUGGGUUAAUAGCCCCUCACUGACAAGACAGGAAAAGAAUGUUAAUAAUAAUUAGUCAACUCAAGACUAAAUAAGCACUUUCAAAUGCAUCAUUUUACUUUGCAUGUAAUUCAAGACGCGCUACAAAAAGGCACUUUCAAUCACUUCUCCCAUCACCAACAAUAGUUAUAAAUAAUAAUCAUAUAAACACAAUAUAUUUUCAUUGCUUUCUGAAGUUCUCAGUAAAACAAACACUCUGCCACGGCCUGCCAUGCUGUUACUCUCAUGGCGAGGAGCGUGACCACCAAUUUGCCUCAGCUGUCGCUGCCGCGUUGACACUGUCACCCAGGAAGAUGAUGGCUUCAUCUUUCCUCCAUUACCGUUACAGCUUUACUUAAAUCUAGAAGGACUUCAGUGACAACCAGGACCUCUUAGUCAGAUUUUUGUGCCAACCUGUGACUACCAUUUAAAUCUCCAAUGUCAGGCUAUAUUAAGAGGGCUAUAAUACACUGUGUCAGUUCUCUUUUCUAAUACUGACAGGAAAAUAAAGUCUUAGAAGCUUUGUGAUGUGGGGAGGCAAUAGCAAGUAUUGUAUCCCUGGGACUGGUAGCUGAAGUCCUUCAUGAAAAGAAAAAAAAAACUUGGGAGCAAUAUAAAUUUGCUAAUAAGCAACGUGGAGAAUUGUUAUUUCAUAUGUCAAUGUAUUUUGCAUUGAUAUUUUGAAAGUUUAUUUGAAUGUGUUAAUUGAAAAAGUCUUUAUGAUUCUAUAAUCUUAAUUAAAUCUGGCUUUUAUUUUCCCACAAAAA